UUGCUUUGUUGCUUCGCCGUCGAGUUUUAAGAGUCCACCGCCGUAGAAGAUCGGCUCUUCUUACAUAUACUCCGUCGAAUCGCUGUCGGAAUUCUCCAUCCCCUCCGAUCAGAUCCAGAGACGUCUGUCCGGUGAAAUUUUCGAUUCCGAUUUUGAAUCAAUUCCUCCCUUAAAACACAAACCCUAGAUAAGCCAAUCGACGGUGAGAAAUGACCAGCGGAGCCGACGAGGACGCAGACGCCGUCCUCAGCGACGUCGAAUCCGACGAACCCUCCCCCGUCGUCCUAAACGACCCGCCUCGCGAAGAGGCACAAGACGAGCGGCUAAAGGAGCUAAUCGCUGAGCUGGAUCGCGAGAAGAAGGCACGAGAAGCCGCCGAGAGUGUUAAAUCGGAUCUCCAAGCUUCCUUCAACCGUCUCAAGGCUCUUGCUCACGAGGCGAUCAAGAAGCGCGACGAGUCCAAGAGGGAGCGAGACGAGGCCCUGAAGGAGAAGGAGAAUCUAUCGAAGGAGUUAGAGAGUUUGAGUAAAGGUAAAGAUGAGGCUUUUAAGAAGCUUGAGGAGGUUGUGAGGGAUAGAGAUGGUUUGAAAGUGGAGAUUGAGACUUCGUCUCAUAUGUUGGUGUCUGGGAUUGAGAAGAUAUCUGGUAAAGUUAGUAACUUUAAGAAUUUUUCUAGUGGUGGUCUUCCCAAGUCUCAGAAGUAUACUGGUUUGGCUUCUGUUGCUUAUGGGGUUAUUAAACGUACGCAUGAGAUCGUGGAGGAGCUUGUUAAGCAGAUAGAUGUGGCUGUUAAGUCGAGGAAUGAAGCUAGGGAGCAGAUGGACCAGCGGAAUUAUGAGAUAGCUAUUGAAGUUUCUCAAUUGGAAUCGACGAUUAGUAAUUUGAGGUUGGAGGUUGCAGAGAAGGCUUCACGUGUUGAUGAUUUGGAGAGUGAUGUGAGUGAGAAGAACAAAAGGAUUGGUGAGCUUGAGAAAGAUAAUUUGGAGAAGGUAAGUGUGCUUGAAGGUGAAGUUGUGGAGCUGAAGCAGUUGGUUGAUGAGUAUGAUGGGAAGUUGAAGGGUAUGGAAGUGAAGAUGGUAGCUCAGCGUCCUUUGUUGAUGGAUCAGCUGAGUCUUGUGUCGAAGAUCCAUGACCAGCUUAAUGAGGUUGUGAAGAUAGUUGACGGAAAUAGUUCAGAACAGUCUGAGUCUUUUUUUAUGCCUCAAGAGACGGAUAUGGAGGAGAACAUUCGAGCUUCUUUAGCAGGUAUGGAAUCCAUCUUGGAACUUACCAAUGUGGUUUCUGGGAAAACACAAAGUUUGGUGGAAGAGAAGAGCCAUGAACUGAAGAAGUUGAAUGAAACUGUUGGUCUAUUAAUGAAAGAGAAGGAACAUAUUGGUACUUUACUUAGGAGCGCUUUGUCCAAAAGAAUGGUAACGGAUCAGUCAUCCCAGAAAAGCGAAAUGUUUCAAGCUGCAGAGAAUGGUUUGAGGGAUGUUGGUAUUCAUUUCAAAUCCACCCAACAUUUAAAGGAUGGGAAGGUUCAGGACUCUCUUGGUGAAAAUAGUGAUGAUCAUAGUACAGAAGAGAAUGAAAUAUAUUCCCUGGCAAGUACAUUGGAGAACAUUGUCAAGGCAUCUCAGCUCAAGAUUGUUGAGCUGCAGCAUUCAUUGGAGGAAUCAAGGGAAGAGACUAGUUCUCUGAGGAAACAAUUAAACUCUCAGACCAAGGAGCUUAGCCAGAGAAUGCGCCAAAUAGAAGAACUAAAAGAAAAGGAGAGAAUAGCGAAUGAAAAUGUUGAAGGGCUUAUGACUGACAUUGCUGCUGCUGAAGAAGAAAUAGCGAGAUGGAAAGUAGCAGCCGAGCAGGAGGCUGCUGCUGGUGGAGCUGUUGAGCAAGACUUCACGUCACAGCUGCAUGUGCUUAAAGAAGAACUUGAAGAGGCAAAGCAAGCGAUUAAAGAAUCAGAGAAGAAACUAAAGUUUAAGGAAGAGACGGCAGCAGCAGCCAUGGGUGCAAGGGAUGCAGCAGAGAGAUCUCUGAGACUCGCAGACAAUAGGGCAACUAGGUUGAGGGAAAGAAUACAGGAGCUGAAUCGUAAAAUUGAAGAAUUAGAAACCCAUCGAGAUAUGAAUACUUCAAACAGAGCUAGGUAUGCGUGUUGGCCAUGGCAACUUCUCGGGAUUGAUUUUGUGGGAGGUCGAAGAAUCGAGUCGGAACAAGAACAGAGUUCCAACGAGAUGGAACUCGCUGAACCUCUCCUAUGAGAAAACCAGUAUUUAAUACAGUUACUCUUUGUAUUUGUUUUGAUUUUUAUGUAUAUACCCAGCUGAUGAAGUUUGAAAGCUUGAACAUGUUUUGUUUCUUGUUGUAAUGUUUUACUGAAGGAGUUAAUCUUGCUUGGUGAAAAACAGGGUGUUCACACACCCACAGUGAUCAAUAAAUUCCUUUUUCUUCAA